GAUUAGACUUUUUUUUUUUUUUUUAUAUACCCGAUUAGCUGAUUCGAUCAGCUCCGGAGGAACGCACACCAAAGUGCUACUAUGUAGAUUUAUCGCCAACACCUAGGUGUUGGACUGCCUAACCCCGAGUUUGGAAUGCUUUCCGAUUAAUGUCCGGAGGUAUCCAAUUAGCCUAAUUCCAGAUAUCAUGUAAAUUGCUUGGACCAAAGCUCAAGCCCAGACUUCCACAUAAAUGCAAUUUUUUUUUUUUUUAAUUUGAUACAUGUACGUACGAAAAUAGAUAUAGGUGGGAGACAUCUUGCUAUAUCUUUUUUAUUUGGUUAUAGUGUUAGUCUCUUAUAUUUAUAUUUUUUUGUUUAGAAGAAAAUUUUGGUUAACAUAUUCUUAAGUUUCCUCCACCACAUAACUGAUGUUCUUUAUAAUUUUAUUAUCAAGAUUUAACUCUCAAGGGUCAAGUACAACCUGUAAAGUUCUACAUUCCAAAAUGUAGAAUUUAGAAAGAAAAUUCUACAUUCCAAAACUUCCAAUUUAAAAUUCUGAUAUCAACAAUUUCCCAUUCAUGAAUCUUGACUCAUGUUCACUAUUAUUUUCCUAUAUAUUAUUCGCAUUAGCUGUUAUAUAAUUAUAGCUCUUAUCAAUUAUAAAUAUAUCAUUUUUGACAUUUUAUGUGAAUUAUUAUAUGUAUUAAUGUGGCAUUAAAUUGGUAAAUUAUUUAUAGAUUUACUACUAUAAAAGAUAUAAUUAUUUCUUACAAGUAACACCCCGAUAUAUGACCCCACCAAAAAAAAAGUAAUUACCUUUUAUAUAUACUAACAGUGUGUAUAUAUUAUACACAUAAAAAAGUUAAAGAAAACCCCAAUCUCUACAUUAUCGAACCAAUAAUAAUAUUUUAAGUAAUCGAGUUUCAAAUGAUUUUUUCUCUAUUUCGUCGAUGUUGCCGUUCCACCUCCGCCGUCCAGCCAACGGUGGUGCCUGUCUCAGGUGACUCAGUUGUCUCAAGUGACUCAGUUGACUCAGGUGUCUCAGGUCACUCAGCAGAGCCUAAACGCUGGAGGCCGUCUUUACCUCCAAUAUUGGAAGGUGACGAAACCGAGAGUGACCACCAAAUUGACCACCAAAUUGCGAGAGUCUCACAUGCUUGGUCGUUAAACCAAUUACUGAAGAGAUUCAGAUAAUUUUGUGGUCGGAAUCUUAAGUGACAGAUAGAGCAUCGCCAGGAUUGACUCUUUAUCCUUUUACAUAUUGAAGUCUCUAGUUUUCUUCUCUUUUAAAAAGCGAUUUAGAAUGGUGUUGUAAUCGUAUCGAAUGCAGUGUUACAGCGGGAAAACCAUUUGUAAUAAAUAAAUUUAGAUGUCUUUUAUAAGAUGUCUUUCUUU